CCGGCCGGCGCCUUUUAAUGGCUGGGGCGCGCGGGCCGGCGGGCUCUCGGGCGGCCCAGCGCAGCGGACGAGCCAAGCGGCAUGUCGGCGACUCGAGCCUCCAACGACCGGCCCCCUGGCGCGGGCGGCGUCAAACGGGGGCGGCUGCAGCAGGAGACGGCGGCCACCGGCUCCCGGGUGACUGUGGUGCUGGGCGCGCAGUGGGGGGACGAGGGCAAAGGCAAGGUGGUGGACCUGCUGGCCACGGACGCCGAUAUCAUCAGCCGCUGCCAGGGGGGCAACAACGCUGGCCACACGGUGGUGGUGGACGGCAAGGAGUACGACUUCCACCUGCUGCCCAGCGGAAUCAUCAACACCAAGGCCAUCUCCUUCAUUGGCAACGGGGUGGUUGUCCAUUUACCAGGCUUGUUUGAAGAAGCAGAAAAGAAUGAGAAGAAAGGCCUCAAGGACUGGGAGAAGAGGCUUGUCAUCUCUGAUCGAGCCCACCUCGUGUUUGAUUUUCACCAGGCAGUGGACGGGCUCCAGGAGGUGCAGCGGCAAGCCCAGGAGGGGAAGAACAUUGGCACCACCCGGAAGGGGAUUGGACCAGCCUACGCAUCCAAAGCGGCCCGCACCGGCCUGCGCAUCUGUGACCUGCUGUCAGAUUUCGAUGAGUUUUCCGCCAGAUUCAAGAACCUGGCCCAUCAGCACCAGUCCAUGUUCCCCACUUUGGAAAUAGACGUUGAAGGUCAACUCAGAAGGCUCAAGGGCUUUGCCGAGCGGAUCCGGCCGAUGGUCCGAGAUGGCGUCUACUUCAUGUACGAGGCGCUCCACGGCCCCCCCAAGAAAAUCCUCGUGGAGGGCGCCAACGCAGCCCUCCUGGACAUUGAUUUCGGAACCUACCCGUUUGUGACAUCAUCCAACUGCACAGUGGGCGGUGUGUGCACGGGGCUGGGCAUCCCCCCCCAGAACAUAGGGGACGUGUAUGGGGUGGUGAAGGCGUACACCACACGUGUGGGCAUCGGCGCCUUCCCCACCGAGCAGAUCAAUGAAAUCGGAGACCUGCUACAGAACCGCGGCCAUGAGUGGGGGGUGACCACGGGCAGGAAGAGGCGCUGUGGCUGGUUAGACCUCAUGAUUCUGAGAUACGCCCACAUGGUCAAUGGAUUUACCGCGCUGGCCUUAACCAAACUGGACAUCCUGGAUGCCCUGGAUGAGAUCAAAGUCGGCGUGUCAUACAAGCUGAACGGAAAGAGGAUCCCCUAUUUCCCAGCUAACCAGGAGAUCCUGCAGAAGGUGGAGGUGGAGUACGAGACCCUGCCUGGGUGGAAAGCAGACACCACAGGUGCCAGGAAGUGGGAGGAUCUCCCCCUGCAGGCCCAGAGCUACAUCCGCUUCGUGGAAAACCAUGUCGGAGUGGCAGUGAAAUGGGUUGGUGUCGGCAAAUCAAGGGAGUCGAUCAUUCAGUUGUUUUAGACCAAGACAGAGCUGACCCAGCAGGCCCAGCAGGUACCAGUUCCCAUAUCCACAGCCGUAGUCUGUUCCUCGGAGGCAAAACCAACACCAUAAACAAAUAUGAAAACUGUUUCCUGGACUUUUGUAUUUCUCCUUGAGCCCUCAGCUCAACCCGUUGAUUUCUAUGAUGAUUUUCAACACCCGAAAGCCAGCACUGUUCACAUUUUCAAAAUCCUGUUAUCGAAAUGAGCCGAGGUGCUCGAAACACAGACCUUUAAUUAUCACAUGGUUGUAUGUCCGGUUGGAGCAGUUUGACAAUAAACAUAUCCAACAGCCA